AUGGUUGAACAGCUACUAAAUCCCGUAGAGAGUGCCAAUGGACAACCUGAAAACCCCUUCGCGAAACUCGUCUCCGAGCAGGAAAUCGUCAUUGUUCCCUCCUUUACGCUUGAAUCCGGCGUCGUCCUAAAAAAUGUCCCCGUUGCAUAUACCGUUCGUGGGCAGCUCUCAGAAGCCGGGGACAAUGCUCUGGUGAUAUGUCAUGCCCUUAGCGGCAGUGCAGAUGUGGCCGACUGGUGGGGACCACUACUGGGAAAGGCCGGCCAGGCAUUUGAUGUGACGAGAUUCUUUGUCGUCUGUCUGAACAGUCUGGGGAGUCCCUACGGCAGCGCCAGUCCGGUGACGUACAAGGAUGGCGACCCGACACAGGGCAGAUAUGGGCCAGAGUUUCCUCUGACCACGAUAAGAGAUGACGUGCGGAUACACAAAAUUGUCCUUGACCAUCUCGGGGUUCGACAGAUCGCCUGCGUGAUCGGUGGGUCGAUGGGAGGCAUGCUAAGUCUGGAGUAUGCGUACUUUGGGAAAGACUACGUGCGGAGCAUCGCACCCAUAGCCACGUCCGCGACGCACAGCGCCUGGGGCAUCAGCUGGGGCGAAGCGCAACGGCAGGCCAUCUACUCGGACCCUAAAUAUGAAGACGGGUACUACUCGUUUGAAGACCCUCCUACCGCGGGCUUGGGCGCCGCCCGCAUGUCGGCUCUCCUCACAUACCGAAGUCGGGAUUCGUUCGAGGCUCGCUUUGGUCGCAAUGCCCCCGAUCUGUCGAAGAAACCCUCCAUCAAUCACGGGCAGACGACCAACGGUGUUCAGAACGAGCACUGGAGCAUCCACAACGAUGGGCACAAGCGGGCCAAAGGAUCUCGCGAUUCUCGCCCCGCGUCCCGCAAUGGCACUGCGUCCCAGCCACCCUCCGAGCGCCAGUCUCCCGAAAGCGAGGAGCGACCGGCGACGUUCAAAGACCCACAGUUCAACGGGGCUACCGAGUUCGUCAUACCUGUGCCCGUGGUCGAGAAAAAGACGUCGAAACCGACACAUCACUACUUCUCGGCACAAUCCUACCUGCGGUACCAAGGCACUAAAUUCGUGACCCGAUUUGAUGCCAACUGCUACAUCGCCAUCACGCGCAAAUUGGAUACGCACGAUGUUUCGCGGAAUCGGGCCCCCACCGUCAAAGAGGCUCUCGCACAAAUAGAGCAACCGACGUUAGUAUUGGGAAUCGAGUCGGAUGGCCUGUUCACCAUUGCCGAGCAACAAGAAUUGGCCAACUGCAUUCCCAACGCACGACUGGGCAAGAUCGACAGCCCCGAAGGCCACGAUGCCUUUUUGCUGCAAUUUGAGCAAGUGAACAGCUAUCUGCUGGGCUUUUUCCGAGAGGUGCUUCCGGACAUCAUGAACAAACCGGGCAUCGGCGGACCGGACGGAGAGGUCAAAGACGGCGUGGGGCAGAUGACCAAGUCGAGUACCUUCGGGGAGGCAGAGGUCGGCGACUUGACUGCUUGGUAG